CGGCCGACGGCCGUCUUUGCCGGGCUUUGGCUCAGAUUCUGUUUACUCAUCCGCGACUUCCUCUUCCUCGCUUUCUCUCUUCCUCUCUUCCUCUCUGGUCUGGCUCUAGUUGCUGCUUCUCUUCGCUCCUCCUCCUCUCCUCCUCCCCUCACCUCUCCUCUCACCUCCUCGCCCUCCUCUCAUCUCAUCUGCAUCCCCCCCACAUGGCCCUCACUGCCACCCAGCAGCAUCUGCCACCGGUACCUCUUCCACAUCUACCGCCCACUGCCUCCUUCCUCUAACUCCUCCAGAUGCAACUCCUCCCCGACAAUUCCCCCUCUGCCGCGUCUUCCGACGACGACCAUCUUCCCCACGCCGUCCACGCCCUCACCUCCGCAUUCAACCCCGUCAUCUCCGGCUCCCCGCCGCCUUCGAUCUCCUCCUCCUCCUCGCCCUUCACUUCCUCCUCCGCUUCCGCGACUUCCACCUCCUCCGCCUCCUCCUCCUCCACCUCCUCCGCCGCCGCAUCAACCUCCUCCGCCGCCGCAUCAACCUCUCCCUCCUCCCACCAGCAUCCGCAGCAGUCCGCCAUCUGUCUCUGCCCCCAGGUCGCCCGCGUGCCCAGGCCUCGUAACGCGUUCAUCCUCUACCGUCAGCACCACCAUGCCUCCGUCGUAGCCGACCACCCCGGCAAGACCAACCCCGAGAUCUCCAAAAUCAUCGGCGAGCAAUGGCGUCAUCUCUCCCCCGACGAAAAAGCUGUCUGGCAACGUCUCGGUGAUGUAUGUUCCGCUGAAUUUUUUCCCCCCUGAGCUCGUCCUGCCACACCCUCGUCCUGAUCUCCACCUACCUCUCUUUCUAACACCUCUCUUUUACUCAUCUCUACAGGAGGAGAAGAAAUCUCAUCUAGAACGCUUCCCAGAUUACAGAUACCAGCCUCGGCGCAAUGCCAAACGCGGCAACGAGGGAUCAUCCGGUCAGCAAGCCGGCGCGGGAUCCUCAACCACCGCUCCCGGCGGCGUCAGCAUCUGCCCGAAAUGCCACGGCCUGACCUCUGUCUCUCGCAACUCCAUCAUUCCCAAGCGCGAAAACACUCCUUCGUCUUCAUCACUCCAUCCUCCUCCUCCGAUCCACAUUCAGCAACAGCAACAGCAACAGCAACAGCAGCAGCAACAACAACAGCAGCAGCAACAGCAGCAGCAGCAGCAGGGGAUGGCACAGUACUCCCCACCAACUGAGCCUUCA